AUGGAUAAAUCUAAAAGGGCGAGCUCGAGCGCCCUCUACGAGCGAGCAGAGCGUUCGCCAACCGAAGCGUUCUAUAACGCGACUGGCUCGACGCGGCUCAGCUCGCAAGAGCUUUUUGAAAAGUUCUGUUCUGAAGAAUUUACCUCUUUGUACGGACGAGACGACGACCGACGACGCCGGCCACCGCACUCGAAAUCCACCGGCAGCAGCGGGUCGGACGUCCGGCACGAGCGCACGUGCUGCCGGCGGGCGCCGUGCGGCUCGCAGCCGGCGCUGGGCCGGCGCCACGUGUGCGCGCCGCCGCGCUCCGACCGCUCCACCGACUCGGAGGACACGUCCCCGCGCCGCGCCGCGCCCCGCACGCUGCCGCUCGACCCGGACGCCGACCCCAGCCAGCUGGACGACUGCUCCCGCUCUGCGCCGCUGCUGAGCCCGGACAGGUUCGAGGCUCGUUUCACGUUUGAUAUAUCGGAGCGCAGUGAAGUCACAUCUAAUCGCGAUGAGACUCCUUCAGAUGCGACCGAAACGCGGAACCUAACUCUUUACGAAGAACCGCAUUCGGAUCGCACCAGUCUUUGCGAAUUGUAUGACGCAGCAUUCUCCUCGCAUCGGCCAUCAUUUCGUAGAGAUGGGUCACGACGUCGCGCAGGGCCUGUCGAUCUGAGUGCGCUGGAUUUCCGCGCCAUCGACGAUGAAAGCCCGCGCCACAGUCGUCGCACAUCACAGCGAAGUAUGGACGAUACGCUGCAUCAGAAUUCGGAGACGCGCAGUUGGGCUUCAGAUUCAGUAUUCGCCACCCCGGAGCGGCACGCUGUUGGUGAGGUGUCUCCGUCGUCCAGUGGAACUCGACAGUCACUCACUGUACCCGGUGAGUCUCCUCCACGCGCCGACUCUGCCGCAGCAGAUUCCACCGUGGCCGAAACCACGAUCGCUGAAACAACCGUCGUCGAAGAAGAACCAACUAGUGUUAUUGAACGCGCUGAAUACGCGCUGGCUCUGCGACUGGGGUGCAUAGAGUUGGACGGCGAACCAUCAGAGCGCGCAUCAUCUACGCCGUGCGGCAGCGCCCGGCUGUCCAGCCGGCCGUCGAUGCACAAGCUGGAGCCGCUGGAGCCGCUGGAGCCGGAGCGGCUGUGCGGCAGCGGCGCGAGCGCGGAGCCCCGCGGGCGGCGGCGGCGCGGCGCCAGCGAGCCGCGGCGCUCGGCGCGCUGCUUCCCCUCUGACGUGGUGCGGCGGCGCCGCCGGGCCGGCCGCGCCGCAGCCGCCGCCGCGAGCCCCCCGAGUGCCUUCCCGCGCCGUGCGUCCGGCGGCCGCGUCGCCUUACCGCGUGCUGCGCGCGCUGCGCCGCUGGCCCGGCCUCGCGCCCCGCCGGCCCGGCCUCGCGCCCCGCCGGCCCGGCCUCGCGCCCCGCCGGCGCGCCGUCCGGCCGCCGUGCUCCCGCUGUACAUUCGCCCCCUCGUAGUCCUCGUCGGUAGCCGGACCGUAACUGCCAAAUUUCUAAAUAUAAUGUAA